UUUCUCACUCGCUGUAGGUUUCUUUUUCAGUCGUGUAGAUAUUUGAUAGCUACAAUUUAGCUUCGUCAUGAGUACGAAGGAGAAAGUUCGCUUUCCUUCUGAGAAUAAACAAGGAGCCUGUCCGGGAGUGUUCACUGGAGACCCAAGUAAAUCAACCCUGGGUCUUGUUGUGGUGCAGGAAUGGUGGGGAAUGAACGAUAUCAUUGUACAGGAGGCUGCAGACAUUUCCGAGAGAGGCAACUUGGUAACUCUGGUACCUGAUCUGUACCGCGGAAAGGUAGCAACAGAUCAUGAAACAGCGGGGCAUUACAUGUCUGAUUUGGACUGGCCAGGGGCGGUGCAAGACAUAGCUGGUGCGGCGAAAUAUUUGAAGGAAAAAGGUUGCAAGAAGGUGGGCGUGACUGGCUUCUGUAUGGGUGGAGCCUUGGCUCUGGCUUCUGCCGCCCUCAUCCCUGAAGAGAUUUCAGCUGCUGCUCCAUUCUAUGGCAUCCCCAGUGCAGAGCUGUGUGAUGUGGGAAAGAUCAAAAUACCUUUACAAGGUCAUUUUGGGAGUAAGGAUACCCUUGCUGGGUUCUCCUCACCUAAAGAUGUUGAAUCUUUAAAGCAGAAGCUUGAUGCUGGUGGAGUGAAUUAUGAAGUGUUCAUGUAUGAUACGGGCCACGCUUUUACCAACCCCACCAAUCCAAAUUACACCAAGGAAAUCUGUGAUUUGGCUCUAGGAAGGAUGAUAGAUUUCAUGAAGAAACACUUAGCUUAAGCCUUAGGUUCUACUAACUCUGUGAACGUCUAGUAACUAAAUUUGUCCAAUUAUUAUGAUCUUUAAUGUAUCACUAGCAUGUUUUUACACCUUCUUUUAGAGAAAAGGAAGGUGUCAAUAAAUGGCAUUAUGCGGCAGGGCUGGCUUCAAGAAAUAAAUUUGCCGUAAUUGUAA